AUGAACUCUUUAUAUGAGCUGGAUCCUCGGUGGAAGAAAUUGAUUCAUGACCCUAACAACUUCCUGGGCGGGCUUACCGUUGAAGAGUUUGUACAAGAGGUCGGUAGGGAUCGUGACCCUGUUGAUAGCACAGCAUGGAAUAAGAAGCUUGAUCCCAAGCCAUAUAUCCGUACGUUUGAGUCCAUAUUGAAAGAAUUGACCUCUCUACAAGAACGCAUGGAUAAUGAUAAGCAGAUGAUGGCAGACGCUGUCUCUAAGCAGGAACUGGCAUACUCUUCAAAGGUGUUGAAUUUAUCAUCUGGAUUGGGUAAGCUAGUCGAUAAUUAUAAUUAUCUGGAUAAUAAAUUAACAUCAAUCAAUCAAAUGGUGUCCCCUUUAAGUGAGAAGCUCCAGAAUUCGAUCAAAAAGAAGAAGAACUAUAUUAAGUCGAUAGAAUUGAUUAUACAGUACAAUACAUUCCUCAAGAAUGGUAAAUCUGAAUAUGUGGAUAAUAUGUUAAACUCCAAAAAGUUGGCCAAUAGACUAAACGCCGCUGUACUGAUAAAGAACCAAUUGUUACUAGCUCGCAAGAUAGAAACAAACUCUAUACCCGCAACAAAAAGUACCACAUCGACUAUUGAGAAGUAUGCUGAAGAGAUGGAAAACGAAAUGCUAACCAAAUUCAAUAAUGCUUACAGAGAAAACAAUUUCACACAAUUAAAUGAGAUCGCCCUAAUACUGAAUCAUUACAACGAUGGUAUAAACGUUAUUCAAAGUUUCAUAAAUCAACAUAACUUCUUUUUGGAUUCAGAUGAAGUUAACAAAUCUAUGACAGGUGAGUCACCAUAUUUAUCUGAGGAUGUGAGGGAUAAACUUAUGGAUCCAAACUAUCAUAUAAUAGUUUAUUCCCAAGAGUUGGUAGAUAUGCUCAAGAAUAUUGAAGAAGUAAUAAAGAAUGAGUCAAAGAUUGUUAAGAGGGUUUUUGAAGAUAGUGCAUCAUACGUAUUACAGUUGUUUAUUCAGAGAACUUUUGCUCAAAAGAUUGAGCCUCAACUGGAAUUUCUACUGAACUCGGCACUGUCAUUUUCGCACUUGGCUUAUGUUAGAACUUUGCAUUCUCUUUAUAGUCUGCUUGGGAAAUUUGUGAAAGAUCUAACGGAUUAUUUCCAAUUGUUAGAAGUUGAAAAUGAGGCUAAUUUGCAGGCAGCUUUGGAACAAUGCUACACGGAUUUCUUCUCGAGAUGGUUAUUUGACAGAUCAAAAUACUUUGAUAUUGAAAAAAGAAGCUUGGAAAUUAUUUUGAUAGAGAUGACAUCGAGAUUCAAUACACUGCAUGAAAAGGAUAUAAGGCAAAGACUACUAACAAAUAAAUUCAAAGCAUCUACCAAUGACUCUCCAGAAACGAGAAUUAAUGAAUUAUCUACAACUAAUACGGCCAAUAGUAAAUUGUCACAGAUAACAACAUUUAUGAAAUCCCGUAUUGAUAAGGAUAUACUUCCCGUAUCGAGAUCUAGAUCUGUCAAAGAAAAUGAAAAUGGAUCACCUAUUGACCAUGCUGGUGAUGAUGGUUAUAACUUAGAAACUGUUGAUGCAAUUAUUAAAUGUAUUGUGGAAGCUAUUGCUAGAGUUAUGGAACUGAUUCCAAACAAAGCAACAUCAUGUAUUUAUGAAAUUUUAGAACUAGCUUCAAUGGGUAUUAUAGGCUCAUAUGUCAAGAAUGCACUCGAGGUUGCAUAUUGUUCAAUCUCUAAACCUGAACAAAACAAGGUCGAUGAGAUUGACUUGUCAAGCAUGAAGUAUAUUUCAAUUACUACUGAAAUUCUGAGCUUAUUAUCAACUUUAAUAAAAUCUGUUUGUUUACCCCUCCUGAGUAAUUAUCCCGACGUUAAGAAGAAGGUCAUAAUAGCAACUAAUUCACAAGUAAAGAACUGUGAAGUAAUGAUUAAUCUCAUUAUGGAGGAGGUAUUCCAACAAUUUUCAAACAAAUUUAUAGCAUCAUUAUCAAAGCAAAAGCGGAAGGACUUUUUACCAAAGUCAUUAGACUUAUUAGAUCAAGAUACACAGCCAGCUGUAGAAAUUGUGAACUUAUUAAAUAGCACGUAUUCACAGGUAUCACAGCAUUUGAAGUCUCAAAAUUUGACAACAUUCCUGUCAACAAUUGGAGAGGAUCUUUAUAGAUUGUUACUUGAUCAUUAUGGGAAAUUUCAGGUAAAUUCCACUGGUGGUAUUAUUGUUACAAAGGACAUCAUCGGGUAUCAAACUACGGUAGAUGAUUGGGAUAUUCCAGAUUUGUCGGAGAAGUUUGCCACACUUAGAGAACUGGCAAAUUUGUUCACAGUUCAACCCGACCUUCUGGAUUCACUUACGAAAGAAGGCCAUUUGGCGCACAUGAGCAGAGGCAUAAUACAAACUUAUAUUGCGAAUCGUGAGGACUUUAACCAGGAUAAUUUUAUGAGUAAUAUGAAACAAAGUCUGAGACAGUACACAUAG